AUGUCUUCAUUUAAUACACAAUCAUCUUCAUCACCUCCACUUCAACAACCACAAUUAUCAUCAUCAUUAAAUAAUACUAAUACUAAUACGAAUACUAAUAAUAAUAAUACAAUACCAAAUAAUUCAUCAUCUCAAACAUUACAACAAACUCCAUCCAUGUCCUCAAUAUCAUAUUAUUCAUCUCCUUUAAAUUCACCACAACAACAACAACAACAACAAUCAAAUAAUUUAUUAACAAAUAAUUUAUUACAACAAUCAUUUCAAUCUCCAAAUAAUAAUUCUACUAUAAAUAAUAAUUCUACUAUAAAUAGUAGUAAUAAUAAUAAUUUAAAUAAUUUUGAUGUAAUUGGAUUUUCAGAAGAAGAAUUAAAAUCAAUUGAUCAAACAUUUUCAAUUGGAGCAAUGAAUGCAUUUGGAAUGAAACAAAGUGAAAAUGAAAUUUUAAAUUUAAUUGACCAAAUUAGUACAUUACAAGUUAGAUCAUUUUUAGGAUCAAUGGAAAUUGAAUUAAAACAUCAAAAUUUAUUAAAUAAUAAUUUUGAUAAUUUUCAAUCAGUUUCACAAUUAUUUCAAGAAAAGGAAAAAUCAAUUUCAAAUUUAGUUAAAGAUUUAAAAAUUAUUACAAGAUCUAUAAAUGAUAUUAAUCAAAAAAUACAUCAAUCUAAUAAUAAUAAUAGUAAUAAUUAA